AUGUCUGCACACGAGUUGGCGUCGCUGAGAAUACCCUCUGAAACAUGUAAGGGCAUAUACGAUAACAAGAAGAACGCGACGAUGGUGGACGCCGCGGCGGGUGCCUGGGAGACGUUGGACUGGAACAGCUGUUUCUGGGGCGGUAAGGUGGUUUGCGUUGACGACCCCGGCGAAGACCUGAGUUGUCAUUACUUCAACCAUCCGUUCAAGUACGACCUCGCGAGAGUCUGGGAGGCGGUCACCCGUCACCUGAAGCCCUCCCGUUGCCUCAUCACAAACAACACAGACCUAAACGAAACGGGGCUGGGGGAGGGGUUCCUCCUUACCCUGACCCGUGGAUUAUUUGCAGCCCAAUGGAUACAUGCCGACCUGUCCAACACCACGCAGCAAGAGCUACACAACGAGCUAGGAUUAUCCUUCGGUUUACAUUAUGUAGACCCAGCUUGUUCCGGCAAUUACAACGUUUGUCAGCUACCCAAGGACGGCUGUCGAUGUGUUGAAGGUCGAUUUGUUGCCCUGGCG